UGCCGUGAGAUUGAAAUGCAGAACUCAAGUCUCUUUCAUCGGGAAACAGACUUCCUUGUAGUCCUUUUUCCUUACAUGCUUGCUAUCUCCUCAGUGGAAAUCAGAGGGACCCGGGGGCUAUUCCAGCCGGCAGUGCAGGAGGCUGGGACACCGACUUGGUUGUUAGGUUGCCUCUUGGCAGCUAGAGUAGCCUCCCUGGUGUCCUGCUAAAGAGCAAUGGAGCCUGCCUUUGGGGAGGUGAACCAGCUCGGCGGGGUGUUCGUGAAUGGGAGACCCCUGCCCAAUGCCAUCAGGCUCCGGAUUGUGGAACUGGCCCAGCUGGGCAUCCGACCCUGUGACAUCAGCCGACAACUGCGGGUUUCCCAUGGCUGUGUCAGCAAAAUCUUGGCUCGCUACAACGAGACUGGCUCCAUCCUACCCGGGGCGAUCGGAGGCAGCAAGCCCCGGGUCACCACCCCCACGGUGGUGAAACACAUCCGGACCUACAAACAAAGGGAUCCGGGCAUCUUCGCCUGGGAGAUCCGGGAUCGCCUGCUGGCAGACGGCGUGUGCGACAAGUACAACGUGCCCUCCGUCAGCUCCAUCAGCCGGAUCCUCCGGAACAAAAUCGGAAACCUUUCCCAGCAGAGUCACUACGACUCCUACAAACAGCACCAGCCGCCUCCCCAGCCCGCCCUGCCCUACAACCACAUCUACUCCUACCCCAGUCCCAUCGCGGCGGCGGGGGGCAAGGGGCCCACCCCCCCGGGGGUGCCAGCCAUCCCCAGCGCCAUGGCUAUGCCGCGCACCUGGCCCUCCUCCCACUCGGUCACGGACAUCCUGGGGAUCCGGUCCAUCACAGACCAAGGCACCAAAUGGCCUCCCAGCUGUCAGCAGUUUUGUCUCAGCACCAACUAUGGCUCCUUAUCCUACACCAGCCCAGGUGUCACCUUAUAUGACAUAUAGUGCUACCCCUUCUGGUUACGUGUCAGGCCAUGGCUGGCAACAUGCCGGGGGCACUCCGCUGACACCUCACAACUGUGA